AUGAUCCCAAACGCAUCCAUCCGGAGCUACUGGGAGAAGACGAGAAACCAGUCAAAAAGGGUUAUGGCGCGAAUUCCGCUCGGAACCGCUUCCAGACCAAACCCUCUGCAACCGUGCAGAAGUUCAAAGAACUUGAUGAUGAGAAUGGCACCAUGGGCUGUCCACCAAGGAAUGAGUACAGUUCAAAAAAAAACUUUCUUCUCUUUUUGGGACCACCGCUCCGAGCCGACGAUCCCUGGCAAACCCUCUCUGACUAUGACUAUAAGUCGCUGAACGACCCGACCAAGAACUUCAGUUCUACACACUGAGCGACGCCUUUUUGAGCGAUUGGAUCUAUUCUCCAGCCAAUCCCGCUUCUGAGAGACGCAACUGGAAACUUACUCUAGAAAACAUCGUCACAACAACAACCAUCUACCACUUCGUCACUAAAACUGGCUCCCUACUGGUGUCUCGUCCCAGCCAAUCCAGAAGUCUCGGCUACAGAUCGCCUCACCUGUUACUCCCGUGA